GAGGAAGAGAGAUGAGACAGAAGGAUAGAAAGGAGAAGAAGAGAGAGGAGCAAUAGGAAAUAGGCAGCCAAUUAAAAGGAGGAGCCGCAUUUAUCUGAAGCCUCAAGGGCUCCCUGAGCCAGAUCCUUGUCUGAUGGCAUUCCUGAAAAAAUACCUCCUCCCCAUUCUGGUGCUCUUCCUGGGCUACUACUAUUCUACAAUAGAAGAGUUCAGACCUGAAAUGCUCCAAGGGAAGAAAGUGAUUGUCACGGGGGCCAGCAAAGGGAUCGGAAGAGAAAUGGCCUAUCACCUGUCGCAAAUGGGAGCCCAUGUGGUGCUGACCGCGAGGUCAGAGGAAGGUCUCCAGAAGGUGGUGUCUCGCUGCCUUGAACUCGGAGCAGCCUCUGCCCACUAUGUGGCUGGCACCAUGGAAGACAUGACGUUUGCAGAGCAGUUUGUCCUCAAAGCAGGAAAGCUCAUGGGUGGAUUGGACAUGCUUAUUCUCAACCACAUCACUUACACCCCUGUGGGUUUCUUCCGCGAUGAUAUCCACUCUGUGCGCAAAGCCUUGGAGGUCAACUUCAUCAGCUACGUGGUCCUGAGUGCCGCCGCCUUGCCCAUGCUGAAGCAGAGCAGUGGCAGCAUUGUUGUGGUCUCCUCCGUAGCUGGGAAAAUAACCCAGCCUCUGUUUGCUCCCUACUCUGCAAGCAAGUUUGCUCUGGAUGGGUUUUUUUCUUCCGUCAGAAAAGAAUACGCAGUAGCCAAGGUCAAUGUGUCUGUCACUCUCUGUGUCCUUGGCUUCAUAGACACAGAAACAGCCAUAAAGGCAGUCUCUGGUGUGCUCAACGCCGAAGCUGCUCCCAAGGAGGAAUGUGCUCUGGAGAUCAUCAAGGGAGCGGCUCUGCGGAAAGAGGAGGUGUACUAUGACAAGUCGAGCUGGGUCUCUCUCCUGUUAAGCAACCCAGGAAGGAGGAUCAUGGAAUAUCUUUCAUCAAAGAAUUAUAACUUGGAAAGAUUUUUAAAAGACUAGGAACUCCUGAAGCCUAGUGAGAGGCCUUGGAACAGCCCUGCCUGAUAGUUCUGUAAGCCCUCCAUGUGAAAGCAUAUUCCUGGGAGAUACAAAAAUUGUGGGGCGCCCAUCACCAUGAGAAGAAGUUCCUUUCACACUAGCACAGUAAAAAAAAAAAUCAUUAUAAUAAAUGUCACGAACCACUUUGGAGCCCGCAGUCGUGAACCUGACAGUAAUCAUGGAUGUAACUACAAGGUAGUUAUAUCAACUUUACCUCAUGUAGAAUGAUACAAUUGUGCCUAACAUCACAUUAAAUAUAAUAAAGGUAAUGUCGACUUUAUAAAUGUAAAACUGGUAACUAUAAAUUGAGUUUGCUCAACAUGCUUCCUUUAAAACCAUAAUCUAAGCAAAUGAAAAUUUCCCAUGUUCAUUUCCUGUUUUGUGGUCUGGGCUUUUUAUCUGAGUUAAAGAAAUCCCAUCAUCUUUUGUUUGGCAAGCA